UUUAGAAACAAGAAAAUGGAUAUAAGGAAAAGAAAGAACGAUGCAUGUACAGAAAAUAUUACUGAGAGCAACGAAGAUGAAAUGAUUCCAAAAAGUCAAAAGAUUAUUCCUGCAUUUUCUUCUCGAAACAAAAGUGUUAAAGAUAUUAACAGUAGAAAAAUAAGAAAAAAUCCCGAAAGCAUAUUUCAUGAGCAACAAGAUGAACCAAAGCAUAGUAAAAUAAAGGAUAAAGCAACUCAUGAUACUCCUGCUGUAGAACAAAUAACACAAAUAAAUAUGGCACCAGAAAAUAGAAAUAAUAAAGCUUCUUGUGAUGUGUCUGAGCAAAUACUGCAAAUAAGUACAGAUAAUGCUGACAUAGAAAAGAUCUGUGUAGAAUCACAAGCUGCUGAUUUGAAGGAAAGUAAACUACAGAAGCUUGAAAUGACUGAGGUUAAAAAGAAUAACGAUUCUAAAUCUGAUAAUCAAACUUCAGCGGAGAUUCUUAAUGAAGACAGACUAAACUGCAAAGAUGGAAGCCAUUUGGAACUGUCUGAGAAUUCUAACACUGUUGAUUGUAUAAGAAAGAUAGAAAUGGAAUACAAAUCACCUAAUUGUGAAAAAUUGAUUUCUUCUAUGGAAGAUGUAAGUGUGAAACAAUCUGAGGCUUAUUUGGCCAUGUCUUCAGGUUUAGAACUGUGUGCUCUGAAAUCUGACAUUCUAAAUGAAGAUAUUAAAAACAGAGAUGGAGUUAUCAGCUUUCUAGAAACUAUUCCAAAAGAUAAGUGUGCAAUAUCAAUUUGUAGUGAGAAUAAUCCCAACAUUGACAUUUCUAAUAUUCCUAGUUCUUCCAUAUCAGAAAUAGAAUGUGAGAGUAAGUUACCACUUCAAAGUGAGAAACUGGAAAGUAAUUUUCCUAAUAGCAAUGAUAAUCAAAUUAUUUUAUCUGCGAAAGAAAGCUUUCAAACUAAUAUUAAUGUAAAUAAGGAAGUUACUCUGAAUUUAUCUAAAGGAUUAAACUGUAAUUUGUAUAAUGAGCAUUUACCUGAUAUUAAGACAGUUGGGAAAAUGUCAGAAAUUCAGUCAGGAAAACAGCUAUUACCUUUGCGUAUUGAAACACAACAAUUAAAUUUACAGACAAAAGAAAAUUUUCCAGGUUUACGAGCAAAGGAUGCACUUUCAGAUCUACAGGCAAAAGGUCAAUUAUUAGGUCUUCAGACAGGAGAGAAAAUGCCAGAUCUUCAGAUAAUAAAGCACCUUCUAGGUCCACCAUCAGCUGAACAUGUUCCAAAUCCACCGGCUGCUGAUUGCUGGCCUGAUCCACUGAAAUCUGAGCAUCAACCAGAUCCACCAACAGCUGACUGCUGGCCAGAUCCAUUGACAGCUGAGCACCAAGCAGAAACAUCAAUGGCUGAACAACAGGCAGAGACACCGGCAGCUGAGCACCAGGCUGAAGCACCACCAACUGAGUGCUGGGCAGAGGCAUUGACAGCUGAAUGCCACCCAGAAGCUGAGUACCACCCAGAUCCAUUGACAGCUGAGCGGCACCCAGAGGCACCAACAGAUGUUCAGCACCUAGAGGCACUGAAGGUCAAGCACCAUCCAGAGGCAUCAACAGAUGAGUACCACCCAGAUCUAAAGACAAAGGACCUCUUUCUUGAUCUACCAAGAGUAGAUCACCUGCCUAAUUUACAGAAAGUAGAUCAUCCAUCGGGUCUCAAGGGUGUGGACUCCAUGCUUGAUCUACAGACCACAGACUGUCUUCCACAACCACAAGAAACAAACCAUCUACUUGAUUUGAAGAGAACAGAAUAUUUGCUACAUCAACAGAACACUGAUCAUAUGUGUAGUCAACAAGUGGAACACCUGACAGAUUUACAGCAAGGAAAGAAACCAGAUCUAGAAAUAGCAUAUUUACCAAAUCAACAAAGAGUGCCUGUAUCUGAUCCAUCAGUAAGAAACAAGUUGUUUGCAGUAGAGGUAAAGAAACAAUUGCCAGAUAUUCAAACAGAAAAACAUUUCUCUGAGCUAGAGACACUGAAACAAUUGGAUGUGCAAAAGACAUCUGAAAAAUUCUUUGGGGUAAAAGUGAAGGAAAAUCAACCAGAGAUGAAAGCAAAAGAACAAUUAGCUGAGCAGCAAGCAAAGGAACAAACAAGUCAAAAAUUGUUUGAGUUAGAAACAUUGAGUUCUUUUUCUAAGCUUAUUGGUGACACAAGUGAAAUAGCUGAUUCUUUCAGACAAAUUUCUAAAGACAAAAUUAAAUUAAAACCUGUAAUUGAUAGUGAAAACAUUAAAAGUCAGCCUAAGAAUGUGCUACACCAUUUGGUAAAGGAAACUAAUUCUGUAUCCAGUCUUACAUCAAUUGUAAAACCUCUUGAGAAAAGUAAUAGCAACAGUGAAAUCACAAUGACAACCACCUUACCAUUGAAACUUCCACAGUCAUCUUCAUCAUCAAACAAUUCUGCUUUUCACAUGAAAGAUAAUAUAUUUGAUGAUAUGGAUUUAACAGAUUCCCAGAUCUGUGUUUCUGAGCUGUCAGAUAAUGAACAAUUCUCUGAUAAAGGAAAGCUAUUCCUGCAACCACAGACUAAAGAGAUUGAAAAUGAUGGAACCAAAAUAGUAAAAGAUUUAAUUAAAGAACUUGCUCAGUUGAACAAAUUUAUUAUUCGUUCACAAAGAGAAAUGGAAAAUGCUUUUAGACAGAAGAGAAAUGCUCAGUCAACUUCUCAGAAUAUCAUUAAAAAGCAAGGAACACUUCAAACAUUUUUAGGUAAAUUUUAGUUAUUUUUAUUGCUUUUCACAGUCUAUUUAUUAUUUUCAGAUUAACUUAAACCCCUGCCCCCCACUAACAAAAAAUAACUUUUCAAAGUCAUUUUUGAUUAUCUUUAAACCAAUUAACAAACAUACACACAUGCUGACUGUGUACAUAUGUGAUAUUUCAAUGGAGAAUAAUUUUAAUAAAUUAAGAAUUUAUGU